AUGCCGCACUUCGACAAGAUUGACCCUCCGAAGAAGGGCAAGCCCAUCAAAUCAGCUUUCGAUAGUGAGAGCUUUGACGCUGAUGGCACCAUUCAUGUCGCCGGACUGGUGGGAUCGGCAACAAUCUCACCGUCCGGCAGAGACGUUGCUUUAGCCUCACCUGAGGGGUUGUCCAUCAUUGACCUGGAUUCGCCAUAUAACCCUCCUCGCCGUCUCAGCAGCCACGGCUCUCCAUGGCUUGUUACCGAUGUUCAAUGGUCGCCCUUCGCCGCCCGCGACUACUGGGUUGUCUCAACUGCCAACCAUCGGGCUCUCGUAUGGAACCUCAAUCUAAGAGACGACUCUGCUUCAGGUGCCAUCGAGCACUCUCUUCAAGGCCACAGUAGAGCCAUUACCGACGUCAACUUCUCUGCUCAUCAUCCCGAUCAGCUCGCGUCGUGCGCAGUUGACGGUUAUGUCCACUGCUGGGAUCUGAGACGCCCACGACAACCUGUGAUUACAUUCUGCGACUGGUUCGCUGGCGCCACCCAGGUCAAGUACAACCGUCAAGAUCCGCAUAUUCUUGCGUCGUCCCACGAUAGGUGGUUGCACAUCUGGGAUGAGCGACGUGCGUGCGAGCCCCUGAAAUCUAUUAGCGCACACACCUCAAAGAUUUACGGUAUCGACUGGAACAGAACUCGGUCAACUGGUAUCGUUACGUGCUCUCUGGACAAGCACAUCAAGUUUUGGGACUAUGGAAGCGAUCAAGAUGUCCCAGAGCGCGUCAUCCGCACCGAAUUCCCGGUCUGGCGCGCUCGUCACACCCCAUUCGGCCGGGGUCUCUUAGCGAUGCCCCAGAAUGAACCAGGCGAUUUGUACUUGUACGACAGGAGAUCGCCCCCUAAAGACCCCGAGGAGGGACCGACAGAACCUGUCGCUGUCUUCCCAGGACACGGCAAUCACAAAGUCAAGGAGUUCUUGUGGAGGAGCAGAGGCAGCAUCAAUGAUGAGGGGCUGGACAACAGAGACUUCCAGCUCGUGUCGUGGGGAGAGGACAAUGAGCUGCGACUUCAGCAGGUUGACCCGUCAAUUCUCGAAUCUGUGGGUUAUGUCAAGGGGAUGCCGGCCAGCAAAAAUCUAGUUCUUACACGAAAGGGGGCUGCAUACAAAACAUUCCGAACCGUGGAAGAUAGCGUCAGCCGAGACAGAAGGAGUGCGACGAUGAGUGACCCUCGUACCGGCGCGCAAUAUCGGCAGAGUGCCCUAACAAUGGGCAUGCGCUCAGGGCCGACAACCUACACCAGACUCGGAGCUGCCUGGAAGGGCUCAUCAAUGAAAGCUAAAAGCACGUCCAAAGGGAUGGACCGCAGCCAAGCCCACAUUGGCUGGAUGAAGGGCAUCAUGAUGAACAAGAGGAAGGCCUCGACCGAUAGUCCCAGAAGGGCAGAUUCGAAGGACUCAACAAUGUUCAGCCCCGGAUACAUGGACGACGACAAAUGGGGAGAACCAGAGACUAUUCAGGAAGAGUUUCUCCGCAUUAGCAUGCAGCUGCCCAAGGUCAAAUGGGAGAACAUCGACAUGGACUCGCUUACUCUUCAUGCAUCCCUCAACGGACCUUGGGGUGCGAACGGAGAAACUAUUUUCAUCAAAGUCAGAGUCGAUAUACCUUCGAACUAUCCAAGGUUCAAAGCCCCGCGAUUUUAUAUUGAGAAAACGAGCUUCAUGUCCGAGAAGACACAUAAGAAGGUCGAGCAUGAAAUCCACGAACUUUGCCACCAGUUUCUGCAACAGAAACAGAACUGCCUGGACGUCGCAUUUUCGUACUUGUUGGGCGAGAUCGACCUUGCGGCCAGUACAAACUUUUUCAAAAAUGUCAAGGACCUGGACGACCCCCUAGACGGGCUUGCCUCUGAGAGCUCCAGUGAAGACGAGAACGACAUUCUCGCCGGCGGCUCGGCGUCUAUGUCACAAGAGUUGCCCGCAAACGUCGAGGCUGAUAGCACCCUGGCACCAAACAAUCGACCUACGAUCCCCCCAUUGCCGCGCUUUUGCGGUGCUCGAUUCUCCAACGAUGGCCGCCUAGUCUGCUUUUUCCCGACCAAGGAAGAAAAAGCAAAGGCCUUGUUAUUCGCGCCAAUUGAACCCCUCCGCGAAAGGCCCAAGGGCGAGCCGGUGUUUGCGGGCUUCGGUCGCCUGGCACACGACUCACCGCCAGGGAAGAGAUAUGGCAACGACGAGAUGUCUGCCACGGAUGAGCAGUCUGAUUCGGAUGAAUCCGACGGCUCUUCCUCGUCUAGCGAUUCUGAAUCGACAUCUAUCAACAAAAUGAGUCUGUGGUAUCAGCCGCGUCACCGGUUCCACAGAACCUGGAGCGACAACCGGUCAAUCCGAUCUAGCGGCGGAGGCACUGGAGUUGGGACUGGGACAGGUACCGGCUCACUCAGGAGGCGGCCCGGCAAGUCGAAGAACGUCAUCUCGCUGCACGAUAUUUCGGAUAUCCUGCCUGCAAAGAAGGAAUUUGCCCAGGAGUACGCCAUCUUUGGAGAAGGCGCCCAAGUCUGCGAACACAACGCACAGGUUGCCGACAAGCACGGUUGCCAGGACUUGGUGGACGUAUGGCGAUAUCUCGCGUUGCUUUUGCGCAGAGAUAUCCCGCUAGAGUUGCUGGAUCAACGUCAGAGUUCUAUACUAGUUAUUGCACGAGACGCAGUCUCCCGCUACCGAGCAGAAGGCUCUCCGGAUAUUGAAGGAUCCAACCUCGACAAGGAUGUAGCCGAUUUCAACGGCAGAGUUAAAUGGGGCAACCAUCCGCUCGCGAGAGAUUUCAUCAACGACCUGUUUGAAUACUUUGAGAGGGAGGCAGACAUUCAGAUGCUGGCCAUGCUCUCGUGCAUCUUUAGCGAGUCGUUCACCGAGGACAGCGUCGCAUACGCCGAGUCACAUCUAUCUCAACCGGAGACGCCUCUACCGAUGAAGGCACCUUCGUUCUCUCUCGACUACUUCCCUACCGAUGCUUCCCUCUGGAACAUCAACGGCAGAAGCCAGACCAACUCUGCCAUAACCACGCCGCGAACUCUACACACCCCGAUCCGGUAUUCCGGCUCUCAGGGAUCUGCCGAGGAAGUUCUAUGGGCCGGCGAUCCAGGAUCCAAUUCGUACUCAUGCGGCGAAACACCGCCGACGCAUGGUGUCAAGGAGUAUCUCGGACAUGAAGGCGACCAGACACCCAGCCUAUCUACGUCGCCCAGCGGCCGGGUCCUGUCACGCGCCAACUCAGGCCUCACGUCGAGCUUCGCAAUCAACUUCCCUCGCCCAUUCAGUGGUGUCGCCACAGGCACCGCAACCGCAUCGUCUUCGCCCCCUAAUCAUGGACGAAAGCGACCCAGCCCCGCGGAUACCAUUCUCAGCACACUGGCUCCCAGCGCAGUCGGCAAUGUCACUUGGGGAAGCUCGACCGUUAUGGGCGACUCGGGCACGACGCGCACUUCUCUCUCCGAUGAUGAGGUCUACCGCGAAGAACUCUUUUCUUUCGUCCCCGUCGGCGUCUCGGUGCACAUGGAAGACCAGACAAUCUUUGAUGACGAUGGCUGGAUGACGACUCCCCUCCUCGAACCAAGCCGCACCGAAAUGUACGCCACGUACCGAUACGUGUACGCCGAGAUACUCCAGAUGUGGAACCAACCCCUGGCCCGUCUCGAAAUUAUGAAGUUCAACGUCCUCCAGCAGAACCAGGAAGCGGGCGGCCUGGACGAUUCCUAUCACGAAACCUUUAGCAUCGCCGAUACGGCCACCACCAUCCAACAACACCACCACAUGCCGCAUUCACAACACCAAACUCACCUAUCACAGUCCCUCCCCGCUCAACACCAUUCAACCCAACAACACCCCGCGCAACCGCAACCCCACCAACCACACAAUACAUCACCCAUCCUCCUCGGCAAGAAAGAGCAACUCCAGGCUCUCGUCGCCUCAGGCCGUGGCCUCGACGUGACCGGCGUCUGCCGCGUUCAUGAAACUCAGCUGGAACCUCUCAAAUACACGUCCGCGACCGCCACCCGUCUCGGGGGCGCCAUCGGCACCUGCGACCGCUGUCGCCGCACCCAGACCCAGCUCCUCUGCGUCUACUGUCGCGAGCCCGUCGACGCGCUCUACCCACCCUGCCUCGGCUGCGGUUGCGCCUUCCACGAGGCCUGUCUCGCAGAGUGGCACGCCGCGGGCGAGGUUUACUGUCCUGCUGGUGACGAAUGCAACUGCGUCGAGGAAGCCUCCAACGGACAGGUGGAGAGCUGGGCGGCGAUGAUGGGUGCUCUGCGGAAAGCACCUUCUGCCGCCACGACUACUGCCACUGCUACUGCUACUGCUACCACUCCUGCCACUGCCCCUGUUACCUCAUCCUCUGCCUCAAAAGGCAUCAUGGGGAAGGGGUUGAUGCUGCCCCCGCCUGCGAUCGAGGAGCCUGAUGGGGGAGACGUGGAGAGGGGAGAUUGGGAGAGCGUGGUUAGUUCAGUGGGGAUCCCGAGCCGGAUGCAGGGCGGCGGAGCGGUAAUGAGUGCCGCGAGAAUCAGCCUGGGGAACAGGUUGAAGAAGUCUGCCGGGGACUGGACCCGUGCUUCGACGAAUCUGAGGAGGAGAGGAGGAGGAGGAGGCGGCAACGGGAAUGGAAAUAUGAGUGGGAGUUGGAGGAGUGCUAGAUGA